GUCUGGGGUAUGCGGGGGCAGCCAAGGGGCUAUGUCAAUUUUGGAUAUCGACAAUGUGAAUAUGGGGAAGUUCGGGGUUAGGAUGCGGAGAUCGCGUACCAAUACUUCGCCGCAAGACACCCUCAGGUGAAGACCCGAGGGUCGGGAUAUGUAGUAGCGCGUCUGCUCUGUCGGGAUGGGCAAUUUAUCUCCCAUGGAUUAAGGAGUUCUUCAAGAGGCAGCCCAUCCGCCUCUCAUCAUCGACAGGAUUCUCAUUACUUUCAUCUGUGUCUCAGCGUCAGUAAGACAUAUACCACCGCAACGAUGGUGGCCGCCGCUAUAUCAGCAAAUCCGCUGCAGUUGGAUAUUCGCAGUCAUAAAAAGUGUCUUGCAAUCUGUUUUGUUGUUACCAUCUCGAGCUUUCAAUAUGGCCUUGACUAUGCCCUCGUCGGCGGCUUCAUGGCUAUGCCUGGCUUCUUGAAAGUCUUUGGCUACUACGAUGAAGCGGCUCACAAGUGGGCCAUUGACCCGACUGUUCAACAACUUAUUUCCUCUCUGAUGACAAUUGGAACAUUUGUGGGCUCGCUUUCGGUUGGGCCGUUCAGCUCCAGGUUUGGGCGACGACAGGGGUUGUGGGCAGCAUCUCUCCUAAACUGUAUCGCAACAGCGAUAAUGAUUGGAACGACGAAUCUCGGUGCACUCUACUUUGCCCGUUUCGUUCUUGGAAUUUCGGUCGGCUGGUUUCUUACUUUCGCUCAAGUUUACAUCAACGAAGCAGCACCCGCCCAUCUUCGAGGCAUUGCCUUUGCCGUAUACCAGAGCCAACUCUCUAUAGGGUCCAUCGUCGGAUCCGCUAUCGACUAUGGCACUCAUACUAUGCUCGGCAAGGAAGCUUAUCGAAUCCCACUUGCCAUCUUCUUCGUUGCUCCGACCAUCCAGACGAUUGCUCUGUUCUUCUUCCCAGAGAGUCCACGAUGGCUCAUGACACAAGGAAGAGAGGCAGAAGCUGAGUCGGCACUUCGAAGACUCCGAAAUAGCAAUAUUAAAGAGAACGAGUUCCAAGCCGAGUUUGAAGAAAUCCGAACUUCUACAGCGGCGCAGGCAGACCAGUUCAAGGGGAAGCACCUGUGGGUUGAGAUGUGGAAGGGUACUAAUCGGCGUCGAUCCAUACUUUCUGUAGCUGUUAUCUGUUUCCACUGUGCUAAUGGUUCUUCUUGGCUGAACAUUUAUACAACUUACUUCCUCACUGUUGCCGGUGUAAAGGAAGCAUUUUCAUAUUCUACCAUGAUAACCUGUAUGGGACUCAUCGGCGUCCUGGCCAGCUUCUUUGUCGUUCGGCACAUUGACCGUCGUGUUAUUCUUCUCAUCGGAGUAGCGGCGUGUGGUUUCUGUCAACUCGCGUUUGCGAUCGCUUGGACUGUAGCCCCCGGAACUGUGGCCACUGCAAAGGUGGUCAUCGCCUUUAUCGCGCUGUUCACAUUCUUUUAUGUUGCCUAUGCGCCCUAUGCUUGGCUCCUAGGAGGCGAACUGCCUAGUAAUCAUCUCCGAGCUCAUACUUACGGUGUAGCCACCGCACUUAACUUCCUUGGAAACUGGCUAGGUGUCUUUACCGCGCCGUACUUCAUCAACCCAGCCAGCCUAGGAUGGAGCGCUAAAUAUGGAUAUAUCUGGUUUGGAUCCAACAUGAUAGUGUUCCUAUUCACGUGGGCUUUCAUGCCCGAGACGCGCGAUCGAACCCUAGAAGAGAUAAAUGAGAUAUUUGAAGCUAAGGUUCCAGCUCGGAAGUUUAAGAGAUAUAUAUGCACAGAAAGGGAAGCUGUGAGAGUAGCGGUCAUUGAGGAAAAGAAUAGAAGCGCAUCUCAUGUAGAGGAAGUAACUCAGGAAGGGGCAUAAAAUUACUGAAGCCAAAUGGUCUUUCAAUAAUGGUGGAAUUAGAUUCACAUUCUCUAAUUUUAGGACGUACAUCAACACCUUACCAACUGGGUAAUCCAUAAAUAGCCCCUUAUGCAUUUAUUAUCUGGAAUUCCAGUUAGAGCAUAUUUGGACAUUCUCUCUAAUAUAGUUUAAUCGGAGGGUAUAUUUGACGACAUGGGUACAUAGGUAGCGAUAGGUUGCUACAACAACAGUAGAAGUUGUGUUGGAUUUUCCAC